AUGCAAAUUUUUGUUAAAACUCUUACUGGUAAGACCAUCACCUUAGAGGUUGAAGGUUCUGAUACCAUUGAAAAUGUAAAGACCAAGAUUCAAGAUAAGGAAGGUAUUCCACCCGACCAACAACGUCUUAUUUUCGCCGGUAAACAAUUAGAAGAUGGAAGAACUCUCUCAGACUACAACAUCCAAAAGGAGUCAACUCUACAUUUAGUACUCAGACUCCGUGGUGGUAUGCAAAUUUUCGUCAAGACUUUGACUGGUAAGACCAUCACCUUAGAGGUCGAAGGUUCUGAUACCAUCGAGAAUGUCAAGACCAAGAUUCAAGGAUACCGAGCUCGAAUGGUAUUCCACCCGAUCAACCAACGUUUGAUCUUUGCCGGUAAACAAUUAGAAGAUGGAAGAACUCUUUCAGAUUACAAUAUCCAGAAGGAGUCAACUCUUCACUUAGUACUCAGACUCCGUGGUGGUAUGCAAAUCUUCGUCAAGACUUUGACUGGUAAGACUAUUACUCUCGAAGUCGAAGGUUCCGAUACCAUCGAGAAUGUCAAGACCAAGAUUCAAGACAAGGAAGGUAUUCCACCCGAUCAACAACGUCUCAUCUUUGCCGGAAAGCAAUUGGAGGAUGGUCGUACUCUCUCAGACUACAACAUCCAAAAGGAGUCAACUCUUCACUUAGUACUUAGACUCCGUGGUGGUAUGCAAAUUUUCGUCAAGACUUUGACUGGUAAGACUAUUACCCUUGAGGUCGAAGGUUCCGACACCAUCGAAAACGUCAAGACCAAGAUUCAAGACAAGGAAGGUAUCCCACCCGACCAACAACGUUUGAUCUUUGCCGGAAAGCAAUUAGAAGAUGGUCGUACUCUCUCAGAUUACAACAUCCAGAAGGAGUCAACACUCCAUUUGGUACUUAGACUCCGUGGUGGUAUGCAAAUAUUCGUCAAGACUUUGACUGGUAAGACCAUCACCCUCGAAGUAGAAGGUUCCGACACCAUCGAGAAUGUCAAGACCAAGAUUCAAGACAAGGAAGGUAUUCCACCCGAUCAACAACGUCUUAUUUUCGCCGGUAAACAAUUAGAAGAUGGAAGAACUCUUUCCGAUUACAACAUUCAGAAGGAAUCAACUCUUCACUUGGUACUUCGUCUCCGUGGUGGUUCUCAAUAA